UCAAAGUGAAGUGUCUAUAGUAUUGUUUUCAAGUUAUACCAUAACCUGCAGCUGGUAGAAACCACAGCUAUCAUUUAGGAAACAAGAAUAAUCGCUUUUGAUAUAUAAAAAUCAGCUUUACUAACACAAGCCAAUUGAGGUAUUUUUGCAACUCGCAUAUUCACCACCAUUUUUAUACGUGAAAGAUUAACACCAAGCAUCACUGUAGAAAACAAUGACCGGACAUAAGACAGAUGAUUGCAUCAUCAGAGUUGGAGAACAAGAGUUUACAGCCAAGAAAUCUCUGCUUAUGGAAUGUUCAACUUUUUUAAAAGAAGAAUUAAUGUAUAAGUCUGAUACUGAUAUUGAUAUAACACAGACAUUAAGUGAUCCUGAUAUUUACAAAGUUGUACAUGAUGGUAUUACAUUGGAAAAAAUGUCUUUAAAUGAACUUAACAUGAUUGAUGUAUGGAAAGCUUGUAGAGUACUAGGAAUUAAGAAAUGGGAAGAUCAUUGUGAAAAAUAUGUAGCUCGUCAUCUUGUCAAAAGCAAUUAUUUACUUUUGCUUAAAAAUGCUUUAGCCAUGGAGUCUACGAUUGUCACAGAAAAAAUGAUCAAUUUGAUAGAUGAACACUUUGAUAGUUUUUGUAAAACACAGUUAUUUUUAGGCUUGAACUCAGAAAUGGUGAUAAACAUUAUCAACAAAAGCAAAUGUAUCUCGACUGAUGAUUUAGUACAAGCAGUCGACCAAUGGUUAGAUAAAAACGAUCCGGACCCAAAUCAGGCAAUGGAGCAAAAUAAUCCAGAGCAAGUUCAAGGCACAUCGUCUAAUCCCACUGUUGAUAUUAAACAAGUAGGGCUGGGGCACCACGAAGAAGCCAAAGCUUUUGAAGUUAGAUCGAUUAUACUAAAGAAAUUUAGUCUUGAUCAACUGACUGGGCAUAUUAAAGAAAUAUUUCAAAAAAUUGAAAAGAGGUACAUGAAAGAAAAACCUUUUGAAAUUCCUGCUUGGCUUGCAAAGAGAUAUAAAGAGAUUGGUUGGCAUUAUGUGGAUUUUAAAUAUCAUCAAAGUGCAAAUAAAACUGUAGCUGUAUAUGUCAAAAAUAAUACAUUUUGGAUGUACAGCUUAGCAACCGAAAUAAGAUACGAACUUAAGAUUCAGAUAAAUGAACAGAUUCAAGACUUCUAUGUGUUUGCUAAUGACCUUUAUUAUACUACGGAAGUAAACGGCCGGUUAGAAACUUUUAAAGUCACAGAACCAACUAAAGCUACAAGCCUGGAAGGAGUUGGUGUUUCUUUAAAUGAACGUCGGUACUUUAUGGUCUACCCUUUUAUUUAUGAAUUUAAAGUACAGGAUAAAGAUUUGAUUGUGUCAAGCUUUGACAUUAAUGCACAAGAACGUAACUGGGAAGGAAAGCACGCAAUUACUUUAGAUAACACUGUGGAUAUUUUUGAUUGCAUUUUAUUUCUUAACAAUUAUAUAAUAUUUAAUAGAAAGAGCAAAAUAGCAUAUUUCAACGUCAAAAAGCAAAAAAUAUUUUCUACAGCUUCCAAGAAUCAAAGUUCCACUGUGCUGUUAGGUAAAGACUGUGACUUUUUAUACAGCGACGGCCAAGCUUGCAAAGUAAUUGAACAAGGCGAUACUUUGAAUUUCAAAGACAACUGGUUUAUAGUCUGGAAGUAUUAUACCACAGACGUCUUAAUGUAUGGAGCAAAACUCUACAACGAAAUUUGCUUUGUUUUUACUGAUGAUAACAGACAAAAAACAUCGUGGGAUCCUCCCAUGGUUGAAACUAAGUACGUAGAGUUACACGGUGAUGUUAUUGGGAAAAAAACAAAAUGCGUGUUUAUGAAUGUUCCUGAUGAUUGGCUUUGGUAAACUCUAGAUGAAUUUUCGCUACUUUACUUUCUCUCUAGUGUAAUCAAGUAAUGUCUAUUUAAUCAUUUAAAAAAUGGUAUGCUUCUUGAGCUUUGUAAAUGUGAGUGUAUAUUAACAUACAGUGGACGUAGUUUAGUUAUUGUAGGCUAAUUGUUCAUUCUAUAUUGCUAGUGGGAACGAACUUAAAUGAGGCAUAGCUUUGUCAAUUAAACUAACAGUAAAAGUGACAAGCGAUACAUUUAAGAUGUUGUCAUAUCCACAUAUCUCACCACCUCUCCAUAAACCUUGUUACAUGGUAAAACGAGGAACGAUUACAACGUCGCCAGUGUGAAGAUCAUACUUGUAUUUUCAAAGUUAAGACCUAUUUUUGCAAAACAAAUUUCAUGUUUAUAAAUGUUAUGUUAUUUGGUUAACUAUGUGUAUGCUUUUAUUUUGUAGAAGUAUUAA